GUGGCAUGCUAUUGCUUCAUGGACUUGGGAUGCUCAAGACGAAACAUGUGGGAUCUGUAGGAUGGCCUUUGAUGGCUGCUGUCCUGAUUGCAAACUCCCUGGCGAUGAUUGUCCAUUAAUCUGGGGUGUAUGCAACCAUGCUUUCCAUCUUCACUGCAUCUUGAAAUGGGUGAAUUCACAGACUUCCCAAGCACAUUGUCCUAUGUGCCGCAGAGAAUGGCAAUUUAAAGGAUGAUGAAUUCUUCUGUUGUAUGAUUGAUGGCCUUUUCUUUGUGGUUGUCAAUCCUGUUUCUCCUUGGCGGCUCUUCUGGCGAACUCCAGAAAGAUGAGCUUGAAGCUUCCAAUAGUUAAUGUCUAUUCGAAUCUGUCGUUUCUUGAUCUGUCUCUUUUAACUUUUAGUUGACAUUAAAUAUUUGAGCCGACGCAAGUGAAACAGCACAGUUUUUAGCUUCUGGUAAAUUAUUGUGGAUGUUGGAGGAAAGGAGAAGGUAUCAGAAGAGGAGUGAUCAUUAUUGGUAUUCAGCAGGAAGACAAAUACAGAGCAUUUCGGUUGCAAGUUUCAUUUGUCUGUCUGGUUUGUAAGCUGCCCUGCUGCUACUAUUAUCUUGUACGAUAUGUGUCAUUAUCUGCUCGCCACCUUUGCACAUAUUGUCAUUAACACCAAAGCAUUCAGCUAAAUGGUGGCACUUCCAUUUGAGCUAUGAUGCCACCGUUUGAAAAUCUGAGUUUUGCUAUGGGUUAGCUGUGUCAAAUUCUAUGCCCUGGUAUAAUUAUAACAAGCUGCUUUUGAUUA